GGAAUCCCCGCCACGCCCACUCGUUGACAACCCUGGUCGACGAGCACGCUCGCCCCUUGUUUGCAGCAUGGCUUCGUCAGCUAAGAAGAGAGCGGUAGGGCUCGGGGAGAACCCCCAGGAAAGCGACGACAGCUCGGACGAGAGUCCGGGGGAAGAGGACGAUUCCUCCGGGGAGGACAGCGAAACGUCGGUAGAGGAGAUUUACGAGGAGGUGACUGUAGACUUUGAAGCGCACGCCGUUUCGCACAACGACUUCAACGGCAUCAAGAAGCUCUUGCAACAGCUAUUUCUGAAGGCCCACGUCAACACGUCAGAGAUGACGGACAUCAUUAUCCAGCAAAAUCACGUCGGAAGUGUCAUCAAGCAAGCAGAGGUGCCCGAAGACAGCGACGAUGACGAUCCAGAUGAAGUGUUUGGCUUCAUCACCAUGCUCAACCUCACCGAACAAAAGGGCGUGCAGUGCGUGGAGCAGGUGAAAGAGUUGAUCCUGGACCAGUGCGAGAAGAGCAUGGGCCGUGGCGCCGCCGAGCAGCUGGAGCAGAUACUUGACGACACCGCCAAGCCUGUCGGCCUCCUGCUGAGCGAGCGCUUUGUCAACGUGCCACCACAGAUUGCCCUGCCGCUGCACAAGCAGCUACAGAAGGAGAUCUCUGAAGCUGAGCGUACAAAUAAGCCCAUCGGGAAGUACCACUACUGCCUGAUGAUCAGCAAGACAUGCAAGAGCGUUGCCACCGAAGGUCCCGCCCCCAAAGACGAAUACAUGUUCAUCAACGCCGAGGAGGAGUUCUUCUAUGAGCACGCCGUCUCAGAGUUCCACUUCUCGAUUCAGGACGAAGCCGAUACGUGCCUGAGCGGCCGUUGGUCCUUCGACGACGUUCCCAUGAAACCAUUCCGCACUGUCAUGGUAAUCCCAGUAGAGCGAAUCCCCACCAUCAUGGACAAACUGAAAGAAUAUCUGACCGUGUGACGACUAGUCACGUCAUAGAAUAAAUGGCCAGAGGAAUUCCCAGAGAAAAAUGGGUUCAUGUGGUUGCCCACUGUGAUUGACUGCAUUUAAGUGGGAGAUAAAACUUUUGUCAGUAUUCUGAAAUAGUUUAUUAUAUAGUACAUGACAAGCAAAGUUAUUGGGCUUUAUAUAGACAUUUUACAGUGUUUUAGAUUCAAUAGGUUUUCUAUCCAGUGCUAUACAAAAGAAUUCUGAUGAUUAAAUUUUCUGAUGACGA